GGGCCCGGGGACGUCUGUAGCCGCGGUCCGAGGGCCCCCGGGCUUUCCGCACCCGCCGCGCGCCGGCUCCUCCCGCCGUGGGUCCCGACAGGGGCACGCUGGCUGUCCAGCCAGGACUACUGCCAGAGGCUUCCUGAAGAUGGCAGUGCUCUUCGCAGACACCAUGCACAAGUUCAAGCCUGUGAUGGCCGCAGAGAGUUCAGUACGGGCCAUGAGGAGGUGGGCUCCCGAGCAGGCACAGACAGCACCCAGCAGCCCAAGGCCACCGUUCCCAGCAGGGACCCCUCGGAGCCCCCAUACUCUCUGCCACCUGAGCUCCAGCCCCCCACGAACUGCUGCAUGAGCGGCUGCCCCAACUGCGUGUGGGUGGAGUAUGCAGACGCCCUCCUGCAGCACUACCGAGAUGGUGGGGAGCGCGCCCUGGCUGCCUUGGAGGAGCACGUGGCGGACGAGAACCUGAAGGCCUUCCUCAGGAUGGAGAUCAAGCUCCUCACGAGGAGUGGAGGCUGAGCCAGCCCUGCUUAACACCCUCAUCCCUAGGAGCUCCAGCCCGCAGCUUCUGCUCAGGAAGGAACGGCCUCCUUUACCCGUACUCCCUUAUGGGCUCUGUGUAUGCAAAAGAGUAGGAGGAAUUACUGACUUUCCCUGAGAAUAAAUGAAUUCUCUGUGGUGGUAAGCAGGA